AACACUUAAUAACAAAGUUGAUUCUGUGUUGACUUGGAGGCUAGAUAGUCCUACAAGUUUUUAGUCAUAUUUUCCAUGUCAGUUAAAGCUAGGGAGUUAAAGACUACUGGAAAAAUUAGUCUCAUUUCUAAAAGAAAUUUAGAGAACGAGGGAGGAAAGGAAGUCUGAGAACCCAGGAGGUACUUGUGGACUACAGAAGUGAUUGUAAAGUAGCAGACCUGUUCUUUUGACUCAGAGUUAGUUCCUCAGUCUUGUAGUCUGAAAUAGUGGUCCAGAUUCUCAGACAUUUAUUUUCUUCCUAAUCUUGCUGGUGAAAAAAAGAAGUUACUAGAAAGAAAGGAAGGUCAAAAGCAAAACAAAACAAAAAAACCCAACAUUUGAUUUGGUGACUGCAGUAAACAAGACGUUGCUGAUUUUAUUAUAAAGCUAAUGAUUUAUGAGGAAUCCAAGAUGAAUUUGGAGCAGGACAGGCCCUUUGUCUGCAGUGCCCCAGGCUGCUCCCAGCGCUUCCCCACAGAGGAUCAUCUGAUGAUUCAUAGGCACAAGCAUGAAAUGACUCUCAAGUUUCCCGCAAUAAAAACAGACAACAUGUUAUCAGAUCAGACUCCAACUCCUACGAGAUUCCUGAAAAACUGCGAGGAAGUGGGCCUCUUCAGUGAACUGGAGUGCCCCCUACAGCAUGAGUUCAGGGAUACCCCGGAGGAAGAGAGCAGCAAGCGGAGUAUCUCGAUGCAUAAUACAGUUGGUGGAGCCAUGACAGGACCCGGAGCUCACCAGCUUGGUGGCUCCCGGAUGCCCAACCACGACACCAGCGUUGUGAUUCAGCAAGCCAUGCCGUCUCCUCAGUCCAGCUCUGUCAUCACUCAGGCCCCUUCCACCAACCGCCAGAUCGGGCCUGUUCCAGGCUCUCUAUCUUCUCUGCUCCACCUCCACAACAGACAGAGACAGCCCAUGCCAGCCUCCAUGCCCGGGACCCUGCCCAACCCUACAAUGCCGGGCUCUUCCGCUGUCUUGAUGCCAAUGGAGAGACAAAUGUCGGUGAGCUCCAACAUCAUGGGAAUGCAAGGUCCAAAUCUCAAUAACCCCUGCGCUUCUCCCCAAGUCCAGCCAAUGCAUUCAGAAGCCAAAAUGAGGUUGAAGGCCGCGUUGACUCACCACCCUGCUGCCAUGUCCAAUGGGAACAUGAACGCCAUGGGACACAUGAUGGAAAUGAUGGGUUCCCGGCAGGACCAGACGCCACACCAUCACAUGCACUCGCACCCGCAUCAGCACCAGACACUGCCACCCCAUCACCCCUACCCGCAUCAGCACCAACACCCAGCGCAUCAUCCUCAUCCUCAGCCCCAUCACCAGCAAAACCACCCCCAUCACCACUCCCACCUUCACGCACACCCAGCGCAUCACCAGAACUCGCCACACCCACCCCUGCACACCGGCAACCAAGCACAGGUAUCACCAGCCACACCACAGAUGCAGCCCACCCAGACAAUACAGCCGCCCCAGCCCACAGGUGGGCGCCGGCGGAGGGUGGUGGACGAAGAUCCGGAUGAGAGGCGACGGAAGUUUCUGGAACGGAACCGGGCAGCUGCCACCCGCUGCAGACAGAAGAGGAAGGUCUGGGUGAUGUCACUGGAAAAGAAAGCAGAAGAACUCACCCAGACAAACAUGCAGCUUCAGAAUGAAGUGUCCAUGUUGAAAAAUGAAGUGGCUCAACUGAAACAGUUGUUGUUAACACAUAAAGACUGCCCAAUAACAGCUAUGCAGAAAGAAUCACAAGGAUACUUAAGUCCAGAAAGCAGCCCUCCUGCAAGCCCUGUUCCAGCUUGCUCCCAGCAACAAGUCAUCCAGCAUAACACCAUCACCACUUCCUCAUCUGUCAGCGAAGUGGUAGGAAGCUCCACCCUCAGUCAGCUCACCACUCACAGAACAGACCUGAAUCCAAUUCUUUAAAACCCACGGGUCAGAUCUUGCCUCGUGACACAGCUGUAGCAUAUCAUGCAUCCUUUCUUGUAAGGGCAUUUGUAGAAUUCUCUCCCACCCAGAAGACUCCUCAGCCCUUCAAAGACUGCCUUUCAUUUUUAUAGUUACUAUGGAAAUGUUGUCUUUUAUACUUAGUUAUAUAAGAAAAAAGGGAGUUAUGCAAUUAAUACCUAUCAGCUUGGGAAAUGCUUUGAUGCUUUUCUCCAAUUUUCUGGUACCAGUUACUUGUUUAUAAAUGGAACUCUUUCUGUAUAUAGUCCUGGUUUCAUUCUUACCAGUCCAACCCCUUUGCCUGAAACAGUGAAUCUUGUUAAACUGCAGCUUUUAGCCAAAACAAGGCAUACUGAGAUGUCAAGUAAGCCCCUCCAAGGUGACUGGCUGGGAAGUCUAAUGACAUCACAACAUAUGUUGAGUUUGGGCAGUUACAUCGCCUGUAUCUCAGAUAAACACAGAGCCUUCCCACAAUGUUUUUUUGUUUUUGUUUUUUUCCUUUUACUACAAAAAAUUCUAAGACCCAUUGAUGUCCAAACCAAACUACCAAGCGUCUUGCCACCUCUCCUCCUUUCGUUCCACUUGCUCAAAUGUCCAAUUUUCCUCUCCAUUUCCACUUUGCCUUGGCCUAUUUACUCUUCAUUUUGACUAUCUUCUUUUUUUUAUUUUUUAUUUUUCCCUUUAGCUUUGUAUCUAAAGAAGAAAUAAUGUUUAAAAAA